AUGAAUCUGACCCACCAAUCUGAAGCAGAGAUGGAUCCAGAGGAGGGGCUGUGUCCACAGAGUCCUGGUCCCGAUGUUCCUCCUGAUGUUUCCCCAGAGGUCCUCCUCCAGCUCCUCUCUCACGCAGAGACCAGGACUCUGGGACAUGUCCUGCAGAUGGUUCAGGACUGUCCCGCUCUGGUUCAGGACCAGAGCGCUGUGGAUCGAGCAGUGGACACUGUGGUGUGUGUCUGGGUGAACCACGGCGACUGUGAGGUGGUCCUGUUGGGGAUGGAGCUCCUCUCGGCUCUGGUCUCUCUUCUGCAGGAGGCUUUCAGGACUCAGGUGGCCACAGUUCUGCCGAGCCUCAUGGAUCGUUUGGGAGACGUCACAGAGAGAGUGCGAGAGCAGGACCAGGCUUUGCUGCUAAAGAUCAUGGACCAGGCAGCCAAUCCCCAGUUCGUGUGGGAGCGGAUGAUGGGAGGCUUCAAACACAAGAACAGCAGAACAAGAGAAGGACUGUGUCUGUGCUUGAUGUCCACUCUGAACGUAUUCGGGUCGCAGAGUUUGACGUUGAGUAAAAUCGUGCCUCACAUCUGCAGUUUGUUGGAGGAUCCGAGUAGCGCGGUGAGAGGCGUGGCACUGAACUCUCUGGUGGAGAUCUAUCGUCACGUGGGAGAGAAAGUGCGGAUUGACCUUGGUAAAAAGGGUCUUCCUCAGUCCAGGUUGAAUCUGAUCUUCAGUCGGUUCGAUGAAGUGCAGAGAUCUGGAAACAUGGUCCUGUCUCCCUUGUCCGAUCAGACGAUUGAAGACGACGACUCCUCCAGAGCAUCCAUGAAGAAGAGUCUGAGCUUCAGACGCUCCACAAAAUCAGGACGAGAAACAGCUGGAGCUUUGGAUGAGGAGGACUUCAUGAAGGCGUUUAAGGAGGUCCCCACCCAGCUCCUCUCUCACAGGGAGGUGGAGGAGGGCGUGGCCAGAGUGAGGGACGUUCUGUCUGACGAAAAACGGGACUGGGAGCAGCGUGUGGCGGCGCUGGAGUUCCUCCGGGUGCUGCUGGUUGCUGGAGCCUCAAAGAUGGAUAGUUUUCUGGUUCAGCUCAGACUCAUGGAGACGUCCCUCAGACUGUGUGUGAGAGACCUGAGGUCCCAGGUGGUGAGGGAGGCCUGCAUUACCCUGGGGCACCUGUCCUCAGUCCUGGGUCUUCGGUUUGACCGCUCGGCUGAAGCUCUGCUGCCGUCUCUAAUCGGACUGAUACCCAGCAGCACCAAGAUCAUGGCCUCAAGCGGAAUCACCGCUGUCCGAGUCAUUCUGAAGAACACUCAUUUCCAUCGUCUCGUCCCGAUCGUCACUGGAUUCUGUUCGUCCAAAUCGGUGGUGGUUCGACGUCGCUGCUUUGAGUUUCUGCUUCUGCAGCUACAGCAGUGGCAGACGUCUGCUCUGGAGCGACACGCCUCUGUCAUAUGUGACUCCAUAAAGAAGGGGAUCCACGAUGCAGACUCAGAGGCUCGGUGCGGUGCCAGGAACUGCUAUUGGUCGUUUCGCUCUCGUUUCUCUCGGGAGGCGGAGCUUCUUUACAACAGUCUGGAACAGGCCUAUCAGAGGGCUUUGCAGGCCCAUCGUUGCGGGAACGAGACCACAACUUCACUUCCUGCUUCUGACCGCUCUUCCUCAUCGUCUCAGGAGAGUCUGAGUCGUCCGUUCUCGGUACAGAGCUCUGGGAGACAGACACGCGUCAAACCCUCUCUGUCGCUGAGUCGCUCUCACAGCGAUGUCGACCGGAACAAGAUGGCCACCGCCUCUACCCUUUCCCCAGGGUCCUACGCCUCUCUGGAUGCCUGGAAUGAUUGGCGAGUGCAGAUGAGGAGCACAGACACCAGGGAGCGCAGUAAACCCAGCUCUCACUCUCAGCCUGGGUCCAGGUCUGGGUCUCCUGGGAGGGUUCUGGGCUCCUUCAGCAGGACCCAGAGGAGCAGCUUCUCUCCUCAGAGCAGAGCUGGGAGCAGAGGCCACAGGAGCCAGGAGACCAGCAGGGAGACCAGCCCGAGCCGAGGAGUCCACAGCCGGAUCCCUCGUCCCAGUCUGAGUCAGGGCUGCUCUAGAGAAACCAGCAGAGAGAGCAGCAGAGACACCAGUCCCACUACAGGCCUGUCCCCAAACACGUCUCGCCGCGUGUCUCGCUCCACCAGUGCUCUGACCUCAGCCGACGGAUUCUCUGCUCGAAUCUCUGCUUCUGUCAAUGCGAUGAGGGUUCUGAACACAGGGACAGAGGUGGAGGCAGCUGUGGCUGAUGCUCUGCUGCUCGGAGAUUCCAGGACAAAGCCGCCUCCCUCUCGCCGCUUUGACCCCUCCUCUCUGCAUUCGGACGAUGAGGGUCACAGUGAUGCCUCUUCCUGCUCUGAUCGCUCGCAUCACUUCCUGCGGCGGAGUGACCACUUCAUGCGGCCGCCAGAGGACGCGGCGGACAUCUUGAACCGCUGUGCGAGCGCCAACUGGACCGAGAGGAAGGAAGGACUACAGGGACUACAAGUACUGCUGCGGAGUACAAGAGUACUGAGUCGUGUGGAGCUGAAGAGGUUGUGUGAGAUCUUUACUCGGAUGUUUGCGGAUCCUCACAGUAAACUUGUCCUCCUCAGGUCUUCAGCUUGUCCUCUGCAGGUGUUCAGCAUGUUCCUGGAGACCCUGGUGGACUUCGUGGCUGUGUACAGGGAGGACCUUCAGGACUGGCUCUUCGUGCUCCUCACUCAGCUGCUGAAGAAGAUGGGAGCAGAUCUACUGGGAUCAGUGCAGACCAAGGUCCAGAAGGCUCUGGACGUCACCAGAGCCUCAUUCCCCUGUGAGCUUCAGUUCAACAUCCUGAUGCGGUUCAUUGUGGAUCAGACUCAGACUCCGAACCUCAAAGUGAAGACCUGCAUCCUGCAGUAUGUAAGCGCGCUCAGCGUCGCUAUGGAGACCAACCACUUUAGCAACAGCAGCGAGACUCGGCUAGCCGUGUCUCGCAUCAUCACCUGGACCACCGAGCCCAAGAGCGCAGAGGUGCGCAAGGCUGCUCAGGGUGUUCUCAUCUCUCUGUUCGAGCUCAACCCUCCAGAGUUCUCCAUGCUGCUCGGAGCUCUGCCCAAAACCUUCCAGGACGGUACCACCAAACUGCUGCACCACCACCUGCAGAGCGCCCCCAAGGACACCUGCCUGCUACUGCAGCCUGCAGGGGCUGAAUCCAAGGCUGAGUCUAAAACCAGUCAGGCUCACAGUGCGACGUUUGAGGUUGAUCCAGACAGCUCCAAAAGUGCAGACGAGAAUAGACAGUCCUUUAACUUGUCUGAAAACCAACUCCCUGUCCAGGCUCUGAUUGAUCCACGGUUUAAGGACUACAACCCCCACAACUACACUGACCCUUCCACACAGGCGGGGGAGGAGGGAGAUCUGACAGAAGAUGGAGGAAACAAGCACAUGUCUAAAGCCUUCACAGGCUCACAGAUGUCCCUCCUCCUGAAGACCUUCUCUCAGUCGGACGGUGCAGAGAGACGCAGCUGUCUAGUGCAGCUGCUACAGUUUUGUAGAGAGACUGAGGACAGCGCCUCCUGGUGGGAACAGCACUUCAAGACCACACUGCUGCUGCUGCUGGACACUCUCACCCACUCUGAGGCGGCGCUACGUGCUCUGUCUCUGCGUGUUCUGAAGGAGAUCCUGAGGAAACAGUCUCCGCGCUUCAACAACUACACAGAGCUCACCAUCAUCAGGAUCCUGGAGGCGCACAGAGACACACAACCAGAAGUGGUCCGGGCAGCAGAGGACACCUCUGGUGCCCUGGCCUCAGCUCUGGUACCGGAGCAGUGCCUGAAGGUCCUCUGUCCUAUCGUCCAGACCGCAGACUUCCCUGUCAACAUGGCCGCCAUCAAGAUGCAGACGAGAGCUGUGGAGAGAGUCAGCCCAGAAGAACUGCUACAGGUGCUGCCCGAGCUGGUACCAGGGUUACUACAGGGCUAUGAUAACACAGAGAGCAGUGUGAGGAAGGCCAGUGUGUUCUGUCUGGUGUCUAUCUACUCUGUGAUCGGAGAGGACCUGAAACCACAUCUGAGCCAGCUCACCGGGAGCAAGAUGAAGUUGUUGAACUUGUACAUAAAACGAGCUCAGACUCAGAGCAACAGCAGCUCCUCCUCCGACGUCUCCUCCUACUGA